CGCAACACCACCAUCAAGACACAUCCAGGGCAUCUGCCAAGGCCCAGAGACAGCGGCCUGCUCCCGGCUCGGCCUCACACCGUCCUUCCUUUAUCCGACACUCGAGGCACCACCCAUCAGAGUACUCUCGUAGCCCCUUCUUUUGUGCUCGUCUUCCCCGGUUCGCCCAGCACCUCCUUUUUGUGCUCAUCCUGGUUCGCGCAGCCUCAUGCGGCAUGCUCGCCAACGAAUGGAAGUCUAGGAGCAUCUAUCAAAUCGUCACAGAUCGCUUUGCUCCUUCCACCGCCGAGGAUGAGGCCCGUUUAGGACCCUGCAAUCCCGGAUACUUGCAGGGACAAAUAUGCGGCGGCACUUGGCAGGGGAUCAUACGGAAGCUUGACUAUAUCCAGGGCAUGGGAUUUGAUGCGAUAUGGAUCAGUCCGAUCACAAAGAAUAUCGAGGACCAGACUGACUAUGGCUAUGCGUAUCAUGGCUACUGGCCUGAAGAUCUCUAUUCCAUCAACCCGCAUUUCGGCACCCCAGACGAUUUGUUUGCCCUGUCUUCAGCGUUGCACGCCAGGGGUAUGGCGCUUAUGGUGGACGUCGUUGUGCAACACAUGGGCUCACCAGCGCAAAUCGAUCUAACCCGCUACACGCCCUUCAAUGACCCGUCACAUUACCACAGCAAGCAAUUCAUCACGGAUUACACUAAUCAGACGCUGGUGGAGCAAGGCUGGCUUGGAAACGGCCAAGUACCGCUACCAGACCUCAAUACGGAGAAUCCCGUCGUCAUUGACACGCUCAAUGCAUGGAUCGCAUCUCUUGUACAACGCUUUAAAAUUGAUGGAUUACGGCUAGAUACUGUCAAGCAUGUCCGCGCUGAUUUUUGGCCAGGCUUCAUCCAAGCGUCUGGUGUCUUUGGCCUCGGCGAAGUGCUGAGUGGCGACCCAGACUACUUGGCUCACUAUCAACCAUACACAGGCGGUUUGAUCGACUAUGCAACUUACUACCCGCUCUUGCGUGCAUUUGGUCCGCUCGGCGACAUGGCUGAGCUUGGCCAGUUGCUAGCACCUUCGUAUCGAACCAAAUUUCGCGACACACAGCUGUUGGCGACGUUCAUGGAGAACCACGACAAUCCGCGCUUCCCAAACACGAGUAAAGAUCCGGUCAUCGUGAAGAAUGCACUUGCGUAUACAAUAUUGUCCGAUGGCAUUCCCAUGAUUUAUUAUGGCCAAGAACAAGGCUUUUCAGGACUUGUGGAUCCUGCGUGUCGAGAACCAAUGUGGCCAUCUGGCUGGAAACAAACGGAUUUGUACAAGCAUAUUUCCUUGCUCAAUAAGGCCAGGAAGGCAGCUUGGUCUGUUGGGUUUGGUCAGAAUCUUGCGCUUGGUGUCUAUUUGGACCGCAACAUUCUCGUUACUCAAAAGGGUCCCAUGUUGCUGGUCAUCAGUAACGCAGGUAGUGCUGCAGCGAAGAAGACAAUCACUUUUCCGACGAAGCUUGCGAACGGUACCUUGAUGGUCGACAUUUUCUCGGGCAAGUGCAUUACUGUUGGCAAAUCCACGACCAGCACAACAGUGAGUGGCGAUGUGCAAGUCUAUCUUCCACUGGCAUUGGCACAGAGCGUUCGUCUUGGUCUGGACAAUACAGCACCAACCGUGAGCUCACCCUCUGGCUUUCGAUCAAGGUUAUCGAGCAUCUUUGGCUCAUCCAAGUCUGCCGGGCUUGCAGCCAGCAAACUUGUCUCAACAAAAUAUGCAUCUGGUAUCCCUGCGCGUGCGACGUCGAGUCUCGGAUUAUCGAGUCGUCUUCCUGCCAUUUCCACGACGGACAAGGCGCUUCGUCCGUCUUCCACAGCCCUCAGGAACACACAAUCUAUUUUUCCAUCAGCUCCACGAGCUAUACGUCCUGGUGCAGUAGAGACACAGCCAGUUUUGCGGAAGAGCAGCUCCCACUCGUCGCUGCAAGUGCCUUCUCCGCGAGCAGUGAUCAACACGGGCAACUCACGCACCUCCUCCCUGACGGAUUCGUCCACCAUGUAUCACCAACAAAAUAACAGUACGGGCAUGCUCAACAAUGGUCGAGUACCUCCGCGCAGUACGACACCGCUCGUCAAUGGCCGUGCCGGUGUCGCAACAACGACGUCUCCUGGAGCAAGUCCCGGACAAACCAUGUCAGCAGCGAUGCAAGCACGUCGUCAGCACGCACGACAAGUCACAGCACCGCCUGCUUCAUUGAGUCAACACUAUCGUAAUGCCUCACCAUCCCCACAACUCAGUCCAGCACAGCAACAACAGUACCCGAUUGGCUCUGCACAGACUUCGCCGGAGAGUACUCAGCAGUUGUCUAGCAAGUAUACGUAUGGCCAAGGUGGACAUGGACACACAUUAAGCCACGGUCAUAAUGGUGCCGGAUAUGCACCGCAUGUGCAAUCUAGAUUAACGCCGAGCAUGCGGUCGAGCAGCGAGUCGAACUUGAGGUACAUGAGUCACGGCAAAAAUCAAGGACAUCCUCCGAUGCCCACAGGUCCUCUUAGAAGAGAAGCGUCGAGCCAAUCACUCGCUCAAGAUGCAAGGUCUAAUUCGAUGCGCAGUCAGACGGAUAGGCCACCCAUGCCGCCUGUGCCAACCUUGGAAACGCGAAAAGCUCUAUUGGAUGGCAAUGCCCCGUAUGCGCAUACAUUCUCCAUGUCAGCAACAAGCCUGCAUAGUGCCAAUGGCUAUGGUGGAUACCCUGCAACAACAGCUUAUGCGCGAUCUCGACGCAAUAGUAAUGCAAGUCUCAGGUCGUUUCAUACUGUUGGUGGGCGCACCUCGACCGAUGCUGCUCGAGACAGACAUGCCUUACUGGCUGCUGAGACGGGUGCACCGAUUCCUGCUGGUUAUCAUCAUUAUGGGCAUGACGCUGCUGACGCGGGUCAUGAGACGAGUGCACCGCGACAUGCACCCAAGAAUCUGCCUGUACAGGGGUACCAGCAGUACACGCGUAAACGGUCUGGUAGUGCGUUGCAGUAUGAUUUAUCGCAUGCUGGUCCGAUGCAAGGCUAUCCAGACAUGACAAGGCAUGCAUAAGGAACGCUAGAGGGGAUCGACGAUAGACGGAAAGAGGAAGAAACAUGGACGGAAAAGUAGCCUUCAUUCCAAUUUGCAUUCAUUAGCGAAGCAUAGUAGUCAUCC